AUGGCAACAAAAAUCACUUUCACAAGGUCAACCAGACCCGCCCUUUCAUCAGAUUCGAUGUCACUGUCAAUUCCACCACUUACAAUCCCAGACCAUGCAAGCUAUGUUCGACAUCAGACGGAGAGGCAUCACGACUGCAUCUGGACUGCAUCUACUCCGUACUCCAACACCAUUUGCUGCAUACCCUCACGACCUCGUGAUAAACCGGUUACGUCUGCCAUUAUCGCAGCCCGAAAGUCCGGGCAGCCCGGGACACAGAGUUUGUCUGCCACAUCAAGAGCCAAGUUUACGCAACUAACCUACCUCCCACGUAACCUCGAGUGCAUGUCUUAG